CUUGACACCACCCACCACUUAGCGCCAAGCACAGUAAAGUAGAGCUUGUGAGCAUCCAAGUGCACCACAAGUAUUCACCUCCUCCGGUCUCUCUCGAUCAAAGAUUAUUCUAUACAUAGGUACUCUAUUCAUGUUAGUAGGGAAUGUUGAUAAUUUACAGGGUACAAGGGCAUCUCCGGCUUGUUGAUUAAGGUCCCCUGCGACUCCAUCUCUCCCGUCAGGUACAGCUCACGUCCCCAGCCAACUGGCAAAAAGGGGACUCGGCUCUGUCUGGCCUGGCCUGGUGGGAUAAACCUCACCCCCACCCGCCACCAUCCCAUUGAAUCCAUAUUACGGAGUAUUUUAAGAUCUAGUUGCAACAGCGCACAGUUUACCCACAAGGGGACCGCAAGCCCCUAUGGACAGCUAUGCAAAUUCAUCCGCGCUGCCCAACAUUGCGCUAGAGAGUCGGCGCAUCGAGCCUCGGGCAUUGUCAGUCCAUUCUCGCCAUGGCGAAUCCUCUAAUCCCAACACAAUGAGCGCAUCCGCCGACCAGGAAGCGGCUCAGAGGGAUGAGGCAGAGGCUUCCACCGUCCAUGUGCGGGCGAUGGUGGCAGCCGUGCAGCAGCAGAAGACUCGGCGCCGCAGAGGAUCGCUCAGGAAAGUUGCGCUGCUGGGACGAGGCGCUCAGCGUGACAGGAGAGAUUGGCCGCUGGCCAUCGAAACUGACGCGAUAGCUGACGCGCCCAUUUCUGAAUCUACUCGCUUUGGUCCUGCCUCUGGUUCUGGAAGCACGGUGCACAACGCUCUUGGCCUCAACAUCUCCCCUAUCUCAUCCCCGACAAAUGAAUAUCCUUGCCAGCCCAAUCUCAAUCUUAUUGGUUCGCCAGCUCCUUCAGCCUGUUUCGAUGCCGGAAUGGGCGGGAGCGAGAGACAGGCGGACAUGUACAAUUUCACAACCGAUGAGGAAGACAUAAUCCAGCUAGGGGCUCAUGCUUCUCAGUCGCUUCGAUCUAGCCUCCCCCUGUCCUCGGGAUCCGAAUCUUACUAUGCUGGACGUACGGCAACUGAACGUCGACAAAAGGCCAAAUCCCCGCUCUCCUAUUCCGCCUCAACUCUGCCUCAACCAGGUGUAGGCUGGGACUAUUCCGAGACUGAAUGGUGGGGCUGGGUAGUUCUGACGGUAACUUGGUUUGUCUUUGUUAUGGGAAUGGGCUCUUGCUUUGACGUCUGGAGCUGGGCAUGGGAUGUAGGUAAGACGCCAUAUGCACCGCCUGAGCUUGAAGAUGACCCUACUCUACCAAUUGUGGGCUACUAUCCUGCGCUUAUCACUUUGACGUGCGUCAUGGCUUGGGUAUGGGUUGUUGUUGCUUGGGUGGGGAUGAAGUAUUUCCGACAUGCAAAAAUCAGUGGCGAUUGAGUCCAUGUGGUGUUUUUUUGUUCUCCCCGGCGCAUACUCGGAUUUUUUUUCAAUUGUUAUUUAGACGGUGUUAUUUAUACCUUGGAUAGACUUAAUGGAUGCACAUCACUACAACAGUGAUCAAAGCAAGGAAACGGGUUAUCAAAAUCCAUUGAACAUUUGAAUUAUAGGGUAGAAACAUCAGCACCCAGUGGAUCAGGACAAACAAGUGGUCUUCUCUGUCCAGUGAAGUAUGUGGCAGAUGUACGAAUGCCAUUGGGCGAGAUAUUUUUAUUUCCG